AUGGCGGUCGUUUGACGGCUUUUGCUGCAGAGUGCAGAACCUGAGACUCUAAAUAACUCGGUGCAGCCGGCCUUAGGGAAACUGGGAAGAACCCAAGGGGCGCCGUCCACAGUGCACAGGAGUGAGCGGACUUCGGGACACUUCCAGGAUUUUCGGCCCAGGUCUCCGCCAUUAUCUCGCGCUUCUGCUGGCACCACUGCGCCCACAGGGUCCUAUGGCAACCGACGCGCUGCAGGACCCGCCCCAGGUUCCCAUGGUAGCAGCAACCUUUAUGGUCCCUGGACAGGGCCAUGUGACCUUUGAGGACGUGGCAGUGUCCUUCUCCCAGGAGGAGUGGGGGCUCCUCGGCGAGGCUCAGAGACUCCUGUACUAUGACGUCAUGCUGGAGAACCUGUCCCUGAUAGCCUCCCUGGGGUGUUGGCGUGGAGGAGAUACCGAAGAGGCCAGUUCUGAACAAUGUGUUUCUGCAGAACAAGUGACACGAGACAGGAAUCCACAGGUGGACCCAUGUAUCCUGAAGGCUGUCACUUCCACUGACAUGUGUGCCCUGAUGGAGAAAACCCUGCCCUCUUCUGGGGCUUCUGGGAAAAUGCUCACUUCUCACUUGCAGCAGCACCAAACACAGCUCAGUGGAGAGAAACGUCUCAGGAGGGAUGAGAACGGGGCCUUGCUCGUGACGAGCUGCAAGAUCUUUGUACCUGACACUGUGUUCACAUGUGGAGAGGUUGAGGAGGAUUUCCUCGGUAGCCUGGGCUUUCUCCAGCACCAGCCCCCCCAUGAUGGAGAGCAUCCACACAGAAGUAGGCAGAGCAGGGGGGGCUCUCACCCUGGGCAAGGGCAUUACAAGUGCAGCGAAUGUGGCAAAGCCUUCAGUAAGAAGUACAAAUUCACAGAGCACCUGAGAGUUCACACUGGAGAAAAACCAUAUAAGUGCAAUGACUGCGGGAAAUUCUUUAGACUCCGAGGGGGUCUCUCUCAUCAUCGGAGAGUGCACACAGGAGAAAAGCCUUUCGAUUGCAGUAAAUGUGGGAAAGUCUUCAUCUACAAAUGUAAGCUUGUUCAGCACCAAAGAGUCCACACUGGAGAAAGACCCUAUGAGUGUCAGGAAUGUGGGAAAGCAUAUGCCCGCAAGGAUUCACUUGUCCAGCACCAAAAAGUCCACACUGGAGAGAAACCUCAUAAGUGCAGUGAAUGUGGGAAGCUCUUCCUGUACAGAAAUAAACUCCUUGUGCACCAGAGAAUCCACACUGGAGAAAAGCCUUUUAAGUGCACCGAAUGUGGGAAAUCCUUUAGUUACAAAACAAGUCUUAUUAUCCACCAGAGAACUCACACUGGAGAAAGGCCUUAUAUGUGUGGUGAGUGUGGGAAAGCCUAUGUCAACAAAAAGAGUCUUAUUGUCCACCAGAGAAUCCACAGUGGAGAAAAAGUUUAUGCCUGUAAGAAAUGUGGGAAUUUGUUUGUGAGCAGCUUCGCCCUGAACAAACACCAGAAUGUUCACACCUCACAGAGGCAUUAUGAGUGCAGUGAAUGUGGGAAAGGGUUCAAGAGGAAAAUCACACUUGAUGAGCACCAGAGAAUCCACACUGGAGAAAGACCCUAUGUGUGCAAUGAAUGUGGGAAAGCCUUCAAGCUGAAGAACACACUAAUUAGCCACCAAAACGUCCACACUAGAGCAAAGCCUUUCCAAUGCAGUGAAUGUGGGAAGCCCUACAGUAACAAAACAAGUCUUAUUGUCCAUCAGAGGAUCCACACUGGAGUGAAGCCUUUUCAGUGCAAUGAGUGUGGGAAGCCUUACAGUUACAAAACAAGUCUAAUUGUCCACCAGAGAACCCACAGUGGAGAAAGGCCUUAUGCGUGUAGUUCUUUGUACACAGCUCCAAGGUCAUGAUCUAAUAUGUGUGUGUGUGUGUGUGUGUGUGUGUGCGUGUGUUCAGUCACUCUAUCAUGUCCAGCUCUUUGCAACCUUCUGAACUAUAGCCUGCUAGGCUCCUCUGUCCAUGGGACUCUCCAGGCAAGACUACUGGGUUGGGUUGCCAUUUCCUACUCCAGGGGAUCUUCCCGCCCAAGGGAUCAAACCCAUGUCUCUUGCAUUGGCAGGUGGACCCUUUACCACUGCGCCACCAAUGUUCACACUGGAGAAAUGCCUUCUGGACUCAUGCUUUCCUUCACUUGAGUUAAUAUCUAGUAGCACAACUCGUCAUAGAGUAAGUGAAUGUUAAACUCAUGUAGGGUCAGUCCAACUCUUCCCAAAAGUGGUGGUGUCCUUUUAUAGUCUCAUCAGAAGCACCACAAGCCAAGUUCCUGUUCUUUACAUUCUUACUUGGUAUGUUCAGGCUUUCCAAUUUUAGUGACACCAUAGUUGUAUAGUGGGCCCAAGUGAUUUUAAUUUGCAUUUCUCUAAUGAUAUGAUGCCGAGUGGUCUUCCAUGUGUUAAUUUCCAACCACAUAUCAUUCUUGAAAUUUCUGUUCAUAUAACUUGUUCUAAUUACUGAGUUUUGACGUUUUGUCAUUGCUUACUGAUUAAGGUACUCUUAUGGAAAUACUUAGCAAUACAAUCUUCCAGAUUUGGUUUAGUCUUUUCAAUCACUUAAUCCAGAGAAAAAGUUUUUAAUUUUAUUGUAGCCUAAUUUGUUCAUUUAUUCUCUUUACUUUUUCCCUUGCUUCCUCCUGUAACUUUUAUGGUUUGAGGUUUUUACUGAUGUAAGUGAAUCAUUUUCAGUUAAUUGUGGGGUUUAAUUUUUAAAAUAUGGACACCCAAUUUCUGCCAUAAUAGUGAUUUAAAGAUCAUACCUUUCCCCCUGAAUUGCUUUAGUACUUCAUUGAAGGUCAAUCAUUUAUGUUCUGUUGCAUUUAUCUACUUUAUUUAUGCCAGUAUUUUCACGUAUUGACUAAUUUGUUUUCAUAAUAUGUCUUGAAAUCAACAUUGUGUACUCCUUUGA